ACGUGGGUCUAAGUGUGUCACAAGACAAACAAUAUGGCUGCUUACACUUUUGUUACUUCGAGCUUGUAGUAUUCAUUAAAAGCCAACAUUCUGUGCUCACGAUUAUUAACGAAAAACUGUGCGGAAACGUUGUGCGUACUUCAGAGCAGGGCCGAGUGCUUACAUAGCUGUGUCGCUUAGAGAGUCUUCUUAGCCCGUAUUAGCUGCUUCAACAUUAUGACAUCCUCUUUUGUUGUCGGGGAGAAAUUCAGAGUUCGGGUGACAGAGUUACUGGGAACCCCGGACUCAUCCCUGACCCAUGAACUAAAAGAAGAACUGUUGGAGAUUCUGGAAAAACCAAAACCAACAAUCCUACCUUUCAGCACAGCAAGGAAACUGAAGAAACACCUUCAGGACAAAGGCCAUCCUUUCUAUCUGCAUGAAUUACUGGAAGACAGCUCACUGUACCUUCCUGAAGUCGCGAAGCCUCCAAGAAACCCUGAGUUAGUGGCUCGCCUUGAGAAGAUUAAAGCAAAACUGGCCAAUGAAGAAUACAACAGGAUGACGCGCAAUGUCAAUACUCAGGAAAUGAACCGAAGUGGGACACUUGCAGAUUUUGGUCAGCAAGUUCGUUCAGUAAAGGCAGUGGUGGUCACUGUUUUCAACUUCCUUGUGACUCUGGUUGCUGCUUUUGCUUGCUCCUACAUGGGAAGUCAGUAUGUAUUUACUGAAACCGCAGCGAGGGUUAUAUCUGCUGUGAUCGCUGCAUCUGUAGUUGGACUGGCCGAGCUAUAUGUCCUGGUCCGGACCAUGGAGGGAGAAUUAGGGGAACCGUAGCACCUAUGGAAAGGCAUACAGAUGUUUUUUUUUAUUAAUAUUAUUUAUUUUAGAUAAUUAGUUUGAAUUUUCUUCAAUUUUCUUUGGCCAAACAUGUCUGGAGUUUUAUUUGAAGUUACUUGAAUUUUUCACUCAUUGUCCACCAGUUAUUUUUUAUUCUGAACUGUAUUCUACAUUUCUUUUUCUUCCCUGUUGAUGUUGCAUUCAUUCCUCUGUGGUUUCAAAUGUAAUCAUAUGUAAUAAAUGUAUAUAUUUCUUAAUUGAGACUCGUCAGAACUAGUAGAAGUUAAUACUUCCAGAUAAAGUGGUGAGAGCACCAAAAUUGGAAACACGUUGUGAAGUAUUCUUUGUUUUGAUGCAGGUUGUUGUGUUGGAGGAUGUUGCUGAAUCAUCCUAGAUGAUAAGGCAAACAAAAACAAACCAUUGAUUAGCUGUAAUAUCAGAUUUUUUUAAUGUUCCAAUGAUCAAUAACACAUAUUUUAUUUAAAAUCUGAGCCAGGCCUCCAAAGAAGAUCACUAUUUCACUGAUCCCUUCUCCAGAUAUGAAUUCAUGUUUUUGUAAACCACACCGCUCUUUGAAGUCCUGAUAUGUCAUUGGAUGGAUUAAAAGAUGUAACCACAUCUGGAAUACAAAAAAGUAUCCUCCUAAGAUCUGAGAUUUGACACCCGGAUUAAAGGUUUAUUGAAAGAUUAUUUGGUAUUAAAGAUGAUUAUGAUAUAGAGCGAUCUGUAUCCAGUGCUGGAUGCAUUGUACGCACUACUGUCGGUCAUGUUUGCCUCUGUAUUAUUCCUCUCUCAUGUAAUAUUUCAGAACUUAAAUCCAUGCCAAAUUACUUGGUCUGUAAGCUGAUAGACCUUGAGCUCUGGCUUUAAUUUAGUUCUUAUUUUUCUUUUUUUUUCAUUUCCUCUCAUCCAUCUAAACCCCCUGAUUCUUAGAAUACAGAGAGUUAUGGAAAAUAUUUUGAUUUAGAAAAAUAAUUAUUCCUGUCAUCGUAUCUUACCGCAAGUAAUCAUUUUAAUCGGUAUUAUUUUGGAAGGAUAAUACUCAUGGGUCACAGCAGUUAAACAUGACAUGCUUUCAUUUUAGAGCAGGAAAACACAAGCUGGCAUCAGGAAGGACAAAAAUGCGACUUCUCAUACAGUAGAGUCUCCAUAGUGGAUGACAUGGUUUUUGUGUCCUACUGUUAUUAAUAAAUUAUCAAAAUAAACAGA